UAGGUGUGGUUUCUUCUCCGAGGCAAUCGGGCUUCCCCAUAUUCGCUCUCAGGCUCAGCUUCAGCUUCUCCUCCAUUUCUUCUCUCUUUUCAACUCUAUAAUUUCUCUUCAUUUUUCUCUCUUUCUACAUACUCCUCCCCUGUUCUUGCUCUCAAAUCACCUUCGCUCCGCGGAUCAACACUACAUUUGUGAAAGGCUGGCUUAUAAGAUAAAGAGAGCCGUUGUGCGUAAAAGUCUUCAGAAGUCGGAUUUUUAGGAGACCAUCUGCUGCAAGCCAAGUCUUUGACAGAAAACUGACGGUUUUUCUAUUUGAUAUCACAAACAUGGAAGUAAAACCAACUGUUGCCUUGAGAGCGGUACUUGUUGGAGGAAUUGCAGCAUUUGCUAAAAUUGCCGGCGCCAUGAAAGCUGCAGGUGGUGCAAAGUUAGGAGCAGCCACAGCCGCCAUGACAGCAGCAGCAACUGCAGCUUUGGCAGGAUCUAAACAAGACCAGAAGGAUGAUUCUAAACACCCUCCUAAAUGAGCCGCCAGUUUCUUAAACCUGUCUGUAACUCACACAAACAAAUACCCCACAAUGUUGGGGACAUUUUGGCUUCUUUUCUUUGUAAUUUUGGUAGGGAAAGAUAAUGUAUAAACCCCCCACCCUUGAGGCUUCAGCCACAGCCAUGGUGCUGAAAUAAUAAGAGCUGGCCGAGGUUAUUUAGUCUGCGGGUCGAUUAUUAUAAAUGUAACAUUUUCAAACUAUCUCUGUUUAACUGUUUCUACAUUUGGUUGAUAAAGUGACUUGUGACA